GUGGCUGGCUGCACUCGCAACGCGGGAGCAAGAUCAUGUUCGUCAAUAAUUUUCACUUUGCCGGCACUGGUAGCGAGCCGGACCGAGAUACUGGUGUAGCCGUCGUCUGCGUUCCCGAACAGAAGCUGGAUAUCGUACACGCGGACGAAUUGGAUGUCCAGCAUGUGGGCGGGCCUCAGUACUGGUUCACGCGGGAAGAUGUCGGAAGCGUUUCCAGCAAGGAGAGCGCCACGCGCGCUCUUGAGGAGUUCAGGAAUCUUCUUCAAAAGCUACCGAAGCAGUCACUUGCCGAGUCCAUUCGAAGGCUGGCCAACCGAAAGCAGGACUGCGUCCAUCAACUUCUGAUGCUGAAGCUGGCACGAGAAAUAUCUGCUCGUUUAGGGGUAGCGCUGCAGUACAUUGGGUCUUACACAGACGCCUGUAACGCGGUCGUUUCUGGGAUGCGACUGCUCAUCCGUGCUGCUUGCAUCGAUGCGCAAACCGGAAAAGCGAAAAUUCCUCUCGAGAGGCACCGUUUCGUAAACGGACAGUCUUUCACAUUUCCGUUCGACUCAGACGAGGAUGCCGUCGACUUGUUUGUGGUAAUGUUGCACCGUGGCCGAGAGUCAGAGAAGCUGGAUAGUGUUUCCGAAGGCCUUCUUGGUAGAACAAGAUAUCAUUUCUACGAGCUAUGAAGGCGGUCGACGUAGCCUACUUGUGUAUCCUCCAGGAUGCACUGGAAUCCCAACGCAUAGACAAGAGCUUGCUGACAAGCAAAGAGGCUUUUUCCUGUCGCUUGCGAAGACCUACGAUGAUCCGGAUUCUGAAAAAGACAGAGGCAUCACCGCGAAACUUCGCGCAUUGCUCGCUUUAUGACAACAUGUUUGACAGUGGUUCCUCAGCUAAGAU